AUGUUAGAGGAUCUUUCUAUUCUCUGUAAAAAGAGAUCUGAAGAAAUAGGUUUACAACUCCUAGAAAUCACAUGUAAAUACUUGCAAGGGAAAACUCAAAAAGCUGUAAAGAUAUAUAAUUUAUUUGAAAAGGUAGGUGUGGACAAAAUUAAGUAUAUUACAACAUAUACUGCAAAUGCUAUUUCAGAGUUGAUUAAUGAUAAAUUUCAAGAGAUCAUAAAUAAUUUCUCCAAGCAGAAUCCAAAGGAAUUGCAUCACAUGUCAUCAAAAGAUGAGUCUUCGAUUCCUAAAAUUUCCAAAAAAAUCUUGCUUGAAGUAAAUGCAUCAACUACACCCAUGUCAGCUAAGGAAGUCUCUAUAAAGCAUCUUAACAGCAAUUCUUCAGAUAAUUCCUCUAAAAUCGGUCUAGUAGCUGUGAGUACAUUAUCUGUGUCUCAGGUAAGAUCAUCUAAGAAAUCCAGACUUCUGAUUUCUAUUUUACCUAAUGAUCCAGAAGAAAAACAAAAACAUAUCAUUGAGUUAGUGCUAAAACAGUUUUCUUAUCUAUAUUUAAGCGAUAGUGAUGAAUAUAGUGAGCGAUUUAAUCUUAAUAGUUCAACACUCUAUCUAUUAUGUAAUAGAGACCAUAAAGAAGAAAGUAUAUAG